AUAUAUACAUAUAUAUUUUUUCCAUAUUAUACAGUCGCUCGCGAGCCGCCUUGGAUUUCAAUUACGGUUUAUCUAACUACCACACAGAUGGAGUCGGUAGUUUAAAUACAUCAAGGAUAUCGAAAAUCUCGGCAAAUCUUCGGAAAGCAAUCGUGACUGGCCACCUAUCGUCAAUAUCGUCCUUUUAUGUAGAUUUGAGUCUCCAGCAGGCCACACUGCCAGCACACGUUACUGAGAGAAAGAUAUAUUCAAAGAUUUAGAAAUGGCAGGACGUAGAAUCCUGAUCGCGAUUGAUGGGAGUGAACACAGCGAAAGAGCCUUUGACUGGUAUUGUGAAAAUAUUCGUCUCGAAGAUGAUGUACUCGUCUUUUCUCAUACAUUGGAACUUCCGCCCAAGCCACCAACACCUUUUCCAUACGUCGAAGGAUUCUACGAAAACUGGAAGAAAGAAAUCGAGCUGGCACGAACCGAGAGCAGGAAUAUGCUUGCCAAGUACCAAUAUAUAUGCGAAGAGAGAAAUAUUGAGAUAUUGAAUGCAGUAUACGAUGAGCGGUAUCAACCUGGCCCUUCCAUUUGCAAAGUAGCAGAGGAAAACAACGUCUCAUUAAUCAUCCUCGGGUCACGUGGUCUUGGCAAAGUGCGUCGCACAUUUCUGGGGAGCAUUAGUGAUUAUGUAGUACAUCACGCACACCUGCCUGUCUGCGUUGUUCCACCGGCUGAUCAAGAUCCACAGCACAACAAUCUCAAGGAAGAAAAGACGCGAUCAAGAGACGCAAGAACACCAAGCCCGUUGCAAGAGCAACCGAAGGAACAGUCUAAGCAGGCUAAGCCGAAGUCAAUUAAAUCAAAACCAGAAACACAGCCAGAGUCAAAGCCAAAGCCUGAAGCAGACUCACAGUUACAAGGAGAAGAACAAGAAACAGCACCAGAAACAACUACAUAGGAAAAUUGACAAAGAAAAUUACUUAGGAAUUUGAACAAUUUAGCCGAUAAGUUAGGAAAGGUUUAUUAAUAAUUGAACAAUUUCGUUAGAGCUCUAAUCAAAGGCGAACGUAAAGAGAGCCUUAAAAAUCCAAACCCCACUGCCCCCUUUCUUAGGUCAGUUUUGUAUUUUCGGUCAAGGUAAGUUUCGUUCAGGCUCGCAAAAACCAAACUCUUCCUUCAAAUUCUAGCAAACCCUGAAAAAACCGGCUGAUGAAAGUCAGGCCAUGGCUUGGCCCACAGAUAAAAUUUGAAUACGAACGUACCAGCAGAAAGCUGGACAGUUAACACCUUGGAAAGCUCUUGGACAGAUCUUGACAUGCCUCUAUCAUUGCAAGGUCACUGCCGUCCUUGCUUUGAUGCACAGGCACAGCUACCUUUCAAGAUGGCACAGGGAACUGGGAAGAGUUCUAGUCUAUUCAUUCUACAGUACGUCAGCAGAGAAAAGACAAACAAAAUGCAGAAUACAAGAGCUGUGAGGGUGCCUGGUGGGAAGGGGCUAGUAGGAUGGUAAGGGUGCAGAGAAUUCUAGUAGAUCAUACUGCCUUUCAUAUACUAGUUGAGUUUACUAUCUAUAUUGUCAAUUUCGCUUCUUGUUUUAGUUUUCUGCUUGAAAACCCUUUUUUCACACACUUAUUGUAAUAGUAUUUGUAUUUAUCCUCAAUGAAUUAAAGAAUACUAUUAUUACCAGUAAAUGCAAGGGAAGAGUUAAAGCGCCAUACAUUGAUUAAUUAAUGAGAAGAAUAUUUUAAUCUUCUUCUCAAUAAUAUAAAAUAAGAAUUUUAAAAUAUUCUUCUCAAGGGAACUGUUACUGCCAUUGCAAGACAUUUGGUACUUGAGGCAGUACCUGUCAGGACAUAACAAAUUAUGAGACUUGAAAAAAUUACACACAAGAAGGUCCAAAAGAAAUUUUUAAUAAGGUUUAAACAAUCAUGCUUUUUAUGUCAACAAAUAUCGAGUUAUUAAUUUAUAUUGUUAUGAUUAAAACUUGCAAUCUACAAAGCUAUGUCAUAAUUUCCUUAAGCAUUAGCUAUUCUGAGGUUGAGGAAAAGCAUGGGUCAAGUUGGAAUUACAGUGCAUCAGGGAGUUUUUAGGGGACGAAGAAGGCACAGUCCCACAAUGCACCAUAACCCAACCAACUCAACCCAGUCUUUAACUAAGCAGUUUAUUUUGCACUAAUACAGGAUAGUGCAUUUUUUGUUUUAUCAGUGCUAUUUAUAAAUAGAAGAAAUAAACUGGGAAUUAACA